GCACGGCUCCUUCUUCGGUUGCGUCUCCUCUGUCGGUCCCCGCUGCGCUCCCUCGGCGCUGGGCCGACCCAACUCUGCUUAUCGCCCGCGUGGCUUUCUGGAAGCCCGCCCUGCACCUCGGCUUCUCCGGUGUCCUUGCGUGCCCCUUUGUCCUCCUCGACUUUCGCGCAUUUGCUGCCACCCGUGUUGCGCCUGCCCUCGGCUUGCGCUUCUGGUCAGUUCUCCGGGUCCCGGCUGCAACCCGUCUCCCCGGCUUCUGUGCAUUUCCCUGCCGUCCCUGCUCCUGCUGCCAAAGCCACCGCUGCCUUCUCCACCGCGGGUCGCGUUCAGCUUGCCAUGAGUGCUCUGUCCGCGCGCUGGAUUGCCAUUUUGAUUGCGCUGGCUUCUGCAUCCGCACUGUUUGUCGACUGCCAGGCCUCCUCCAACCCGGAGGCUCACAUGUCCCGUGCCAUUGCGAAGUUUGCGCCCUCCAAUCUGGAGCGCUACUUUGAACAGUGGUCCUCUUGGUCCCGUCAUUGUGAGCAUGCGGGGUUCCACCCGACGUCCCCGCCCCCUGGUUUUCUUCCCGACUGGAUCGCUUCUCGUGCUAGCGCCCAGGGCUUGGCGACCGCCCCUUUGAAAGCCCUGGCUUGGAUGUGCAAAACGGCUGGCCUGCCUUCCUUGCGUGACUCUCUGUCCUCUCCAUUGUGCCGGGACUUCGCUGUUGCCUCCGCCCCGUCUGAGCACCGUGAGAGCCUGCCGCUCAGCCUGUCCUUUGUCGUGUGUUUGGAGCAGUCCGUGUUGGAUCCGAAUACUUCGCCUGCGCAAGUUCUCCGCCUUGGCUUUGUGCUUGUCUGCGUUUGGGCUUCUCUGCGCUGGGGUGACUCUAUUUGGGUCCCCCCCGCCCGACUGCAAUAUCAGCUGUCUGUGCAGGCCUUGGUUGGUGUUUCCGUCCGCACCAAAACCACAAAACGAGGUAUGCCGUGGGGGCUUUUGGUGCAUGGUUUCCUGGGCUCUUCUGCUUCUUCGUGGGCGCUCCGCUUCCUCUCGUGCCUGCGCCAGGCAGUGUCUGACACACUGGCUUUGCAGCCUACUCGCACUUUGGAUUUUUUGCCAGCCGUCCUGUCCGGCACCGAGAGCCGCCCGCUCAUCUCUCAGCCCUGGGACCGUGAUAGCUUCGUUCCCUGGCUUCGUGACUUGCUCAGCCAACACUGGUCUUUGCACUCUCGUGAACCUCUCCCCUCCGUGUUUUCCUUGGUGGCUGCACAGUCUCUCAAAGCCACGAUGCUCAGUUGGGCCCGUCAGCUCUCCAUUGAGUCCGAUGCUCGUCGCAUCCAGGGGCAUCAUCGACUUUCCGGGGCCGACCGCUCCGUGGCCCUCUACUCUCGUGAUGAUAUCAUCCCUAUGGUCCGCUUGCAGGCUCGUGUGGUCGCGGCUUUCCGCAAUGGCUUUCGUCCGCUGCAGCCUGUUGGCCGUGGUCUGGAGGCCCCCGUGGCAGACUUCCCGGUGGCCCUCCCCUCGGGUACUCUUCCUUCCUUGGACUCGGCUGCUUUGCCGCCUGACUGCCUCCCCGGUUCCCCGGUCUGGCUGCCCGUCUCAAUCCCUCCUGUGCCGGCAGAUCCUCCCCCUCCCCUCCCGACAAUCCCGGUGGCCCCCGGGCCUCCUGCUGACGAGGAUCUCGUCUCACUGUCGUCGGAGGACUCCGAAGCUCCGCCCGCAGAACAGGACGACGUUGACGACUGGGAGGCCGACUUGGUCGAAAAAGCGGCCAUCAAGGCUGCAUCCUCCGCCCCCUGGCUCAUGCAUAAUCCGCGCAGUAACGUGGUGCAUUUUGCUCAGACUUGUGCUCCGGAUGCCCUCCGUUCCAUUCAUAUGCUUCGUCAGGACGGUUCCGCCGUGCACGUCCGACCCGCCUGUGGGGCGCAGACCCGCCAGAUGGCUUUCGCAGCUCGAUUGACUCAGCUCCGCGAGCCAGUCAAAAGAGGUUCUGCUGCUACAGUCUUGCCCCCCUCUCCCAUCCUCAUGGCGUUCGAGGGCAACGCGUCGGGCUCCGGUGGCUUCGACCCACCCGGCCGCUACUUUGCGCGGCGCGCCUCAGCAGCAUCCGAACGAGGCAGCCAAGCCCCAGUGGCUUCGUCUCCAGUGGCCCCCGGCCUUGGCUUCAUUUUGGCACCGCCCGGUUACGCCUCUUCUGCGCAGUCUUCCGUGACCAGCCCGGGCUCUUGUGGGAUGGACACGACGCCUGGGCCCGGCCCGGCGGCAGCCAAGCCAAAGUCGUUUUUUCCGCCGGCGGGCCCGGCCGCUCGUGCUCCGCCUGCCCCGCUGGACGAGCUCGGUUUCCCUCCGGAAGUUACGCCGGAUGCUACGGUAGACUGUGCUGCCCUGGACUUUGGCAUUAUGCCCCCAGCUUCGCGGUUGGAUGACCCUUCUGCCCUCGCUGAUUUUUUGUCCUCCAUCUCUGCCCCAGACACCCUGGCGGCUGCCAUCAAAAGUGCUGGCUUUCAUACUUUGGGUUCCUUGGCCUUCGCCCUUUCUGACCCCUCUGAUCCUGAAGAGGUUAUGAGGUUCAUCCGGGUCAUUCUCAAGAUACCUGACGGCGAUGCGACCGCCACCUUCCGUCCGGAUGUGUCCUGCCUCCGUCGCACUGUUCUUGAGGCUUGCUCCAUCGCACCUCCCCGGGCCGCCUCGGCCGCUGCCCCGUCGCAAUUGCAGCCUGCUGCCCCACUUGCCUCGACCUCAAAUAAACUUACGGCGGCCGAUUUUCUUGCCCUUCGCAAGGACUACCUCACUAAGUAUCCGGGCGAACUGCUGACACCUGCAAACACUCCGUCCGUCGAGUUCUUGUCUUUGAUCCGUCAGCACCAUGAGUCCGGCCAGUCAGUUUGGAUUCCGUGGCGUCAGCGCACCUCUGAAGCUGAUUUCCUGCAUUGGGAAGAAUCCCGCCGCCCCAGGUCCGACCGCCAAAUGCUUCGAUCUCUUCUGGACUUACCGGAUGAAGCCACUGGCCCGACCUUUGGUUUUAGCAUCAACGGUCCCUCUGAAUCCGUUCUCCGGCGCUGUCUGGAUCUGUUCGCCACUGCGUUGGCCUUGUUGGACCUGGUUCACUUAGCUACCAUUAAACGGUUCAACGAUAAGUUCUUUACCAUGGCCACCACUCCGCCGUCGGACACUACCCUCCGUGCUCCUGUUCUGCAGGAAGUGGUCCACGCUGACCGCGCAAUUUGGAUGACAGUCUCCGCUCUGGUCCGGGACCAGUCUUGGUCCCUCACUGACAGCCUCAACGAGGUUGGGUUCUGCCGUCAUGACAUGCGGUUUCCAUGCAACGGCUACAAAAAAGAGAAGCGCGAGUGCGAGUGCGUGGCCCACCGAGCACUCUUUCAACUCCUAGGGUAA